AUGCCCCCGAAAAAGGACGUCCCUGGCUGGAACCCUGUGUCCGGCGAUGAGAAAGCCAAAGGGGCAAAGAGGAGUAGGCGUAAGGGAAAGAGCGGCACCAACUACGAGAAUACUGAAGCAGGCCCAACAUCGACCGGGACUAGCCAGACUCCGGCACCGAUUGGUGCUCGGUAUACUACACAAACUCCAGACCAGCCUGCCCAGGCAACUCCGUCUUCGACUCAGCCAACUCAGCCUUUGACACAGACAGGUUCUGGUCAAGCUGGUCAAGCUUCAGGUCAGCCUGCUCAAGCAGCCGUGUCGACUAAGCCAACCAAAACACCUGGCCCAAAUGCUUCGGCUAGUAAUGAUAGGAAUACGGGCGAAUCUUUUGCUGGGCUCGCUGCAGCCCAAAUGGAUCCAACUGGCGGACUACCAAACCGAAGUUUGGCUGGCUUGAACAAUACAAAGCCAGGCUCUUCGACUGUCGCUCAACUACAAGAGACUUUGCCUGGUGCGGAAGGCUCCGAGAAGAAACAAUCGAUCAGCGAUCCAACCAAUGCGGAUUCAGGAGCCGAAUCGCCUGAGAGAACCCAUCCACAGCUUCAACCACGACCAGGCGGCACCGGAACUAAAGGAAACCCCGUCACUCUUUCCACAAACCACUUCAAACUGGCUAUUAGGCCGGGUCUAAAGCUGUAUCGCUACAGCAUCACAGUCUCGCCCGAGGCGAAAGGAAAGAAGCUAACCCAGAUGAUCAAAGAGGCACUGAGUCUUCCGGAAUUCGACCUUCUGAGACCUGUAAUCUUCUCAGACUUUUCGGCCUUCCUGUUAUCACCCCAAAUGCUCCCUGGUGAUUUGAUGAAGGUCUCUGUACCUUACAAGAAGGGGGACGGCGCUAAAGACCCAAAUGAUGCAAAAUCUUCCAACGACAACGAAAUUUCAAGUGGCGCUGAAGAUUCAAGUGACCCUAGGAAGUACUACGUUAGAUUCGAAUUCAUCAGGAUGGUCGACUUCAUCAAUGCUACAAACGCCCAAGAUGGCUCAGCAAACCAGGGAAAUCUACCAAUAGCGCAGGAUCUCGAUAUCGUUCUUGGUCAUUACCGAAAAUUAUCGCCGGACAUUGCCAUGAUCGGUAAGCGGAAAGCAUUUCCAUUGCGAGUUCCAAACGUGGAGCCAAUUUUCCUUUCAGAAGGCCAGCGUGAGGAGAGAGCUUUGCUAGCCGCUCUUCGAGGGUUUUUUUCCAGUGUCCGCCUUGGGACAGCCGGAAUCUUAGUCAACGUCAACAUCCUCAGGACGAUUUCAGGAUAUGCAUCUCCUGGACAAGGUAACGGCUAUGAGGCCCAUCCGCCAAGGGUGUCAACGUUCGGAGCUGGACCCCGGAAUGUAGAGUUCUUCGAAUACAUAUCCACCAAGCCGGCCAUGGGACUGAAAGACAAAGAAAAGGCCAAGGAUGGCCGUCUGACCGCUCACAAUCUUAGUCAAUGCGGCUGCGAUGGCUCCUACAUUAGCGUCUACGAUUACUUCAAAAGGAAAUACCCGUCGCAUCAGGUCUCUGAGACUAUGCCCGUUGUCAAUGUUGGGAAUGCACAACAUCCAGCAUACCUACCGCUCAGCGCCUGCCUUGUGAUUGCCCAACCAUCAAAAUUGACGCUCAGCUCAGACGAAACGGCUAUCAUGCAAAGAUUUGCCGUACGCGUUCCUUGUCACAAUGCAGACUCCAUCAGCAACCGCGGAUUCUCGACGCUUGGUCUGACAAAUAACCCAAAGCUGGCAAGACUUGGCAUAGCCAUUGACCCUAAAAGAGUGGUACUCCAGGGUCGUGUCUUGCCACAACCGACCGUAAUGUUCCACGACAAGUAUGGAAAGGACAAAUUUGGAGAAUAUGGUGGAAGUUCUCGAUGGAACCUGGGAGGUAUGAAGUUCAGGAGCUCAAAGAAGUUGGGAAGUUGGGCCUGUCUGAAUAUUCACUACGGCCAACGACCUGAGCAAAAGCACGACACUUUCGUGCAGAACUUCGUGAAAGUUCUCAAUGACUGUGGUGUUGAAGCAUCAGGACCACACACGACUCACCUAAGCGCAAGCCAACUCAACCAAUUGGUCAGCAUUUUUCAUAAUUAUCAGUCCUCCAAGCCUGCCAUCCGCCUCCUGCUUGUUGUACUACCCAACAAAGACUCGCAGCUUUACAACCAGGUCAAGCGACUUGGAGACCUCAAACAUGGCAUCCAAACAAUUUGCGUCGUGGGUUUAAAAAAUAAAUUCUACAACACCGCGACGAACGACCGUGGAGAGCUCAGAUCGACGCAAUACUACGCGAACGUCGCGCUUAAGGUGAACAUCAAAAAUGACGGAAUUAACCAGGUGCUCAAAAAUGACCAAUUAGGCUUCAUCAGCGAAGGUGAAACAAUGGUUGUUGGCAUAGAUGUGACCCAUCCGUCUCCCGGAUCUGGACCCGUUGCGCCAAGUGUAGCCGCCAUGGUCGCUAGCUCUGAUAAACACCUAGCUCAAUGGCCAGCUGAGAUUCGCAUCAACCCAGCCCGUCAAGAACAAGUCGAAAUGCUUCGCCCGAUGCUUCGAUCACAUUUAAUAUAUUGGAAAGAGAAGCAUGGAUCAUUUCCAGAAAAACUUCUGAUAUACCGCGACGGAGUUUCCGAAGGCCAGUAUCAGAUGGUGCUUGACGAAGAGUUGCCGCAGCUCCGAGCGGCUUGUGAAUUAGCCUACGGAGACCAGAGACCUCCACGUAUAACCCUCAUCAUUGUCGGCAAACGUCACCAUACUCGGUUCUACCGCUCAAAAAUCACAGGUGAAAUUAUCAGAACCAAUGAGGGAAAAGACGGCAACCCACCUUUUGGAACUGUCGUCGAUACGGCAAUCGUGGAUCAAGUGCGAGAUUGGGAUUUCUACCUACAGUCACACACCGCUCUUCACGGGACCGCACGUCCAGCACACUACUUCGUCCUCUUGGACGAGAUUUUCAAAAACCACACCCCGGAGAUGCUGCAAAAAAACAAAUGCAAUAACGCUUCUGAUCUUCUCUACAGCAUAACGCACAACAUGUGCUACCUGUUCUGCCGAGCCACAACGUCAGUCAGCAUCCCUCCACCCGUUUACUACGCGGACAUUGCGUGUGAGAGGGGUAGGCGCUGGAACAGCAGAGUCUUCGAUUCAUCGCAAAGCGAGGGGAGUGGUGGGAAUGAGUUGGUGAAUGAUGACGUGAAGGUCCAUAAAUGGUUGACAAAAACGAUGUUUUACAUCUAA